AUGCCAGCUAUUCUUCUAAGGCAACAACCAAAAGAGCCAACACCGUUUCCAUCUAUAGCACCGCGGGCUUCACCUACAGACUGGAACUCAUGGACGCCAUCACAGCAAGGAGGUGUCCUUGCAGCCUCUCUCCUACUGUUUCUCUUCUUUUUCGGUAUAGGUAUAUUUCUCUGGCAACGUCGUCGGGGAAGGAAACGAAAGGAGAGACGGGGGUUAAAAUCAAAGGGUAGACGACGAGGCCGCCGUUCGAAAAAGCGCCCAGUACCAGACAGCGCGUCUCCGCCACGAAAGAAAAAAAGAACAAAGAGAGUCAAACUCGAGGAGACAGGAGAAGAGGCAGACACGGAUAAAUUCCUGAUGAAGGGAGCUGUAGAAACGCCCAAAAAGCUCACCACGGAGCAACCCGCAGAGAACCAGGACACGCCCGACAAGGUGAACGACAUGGAUCAGUGGGAGGGUAUGGCAGCAAACCCGCUGCACGAUACAGCAAACCUCCGGCUACAGAGAAGAAGGGAGAGAAGACGCGAGGCUCGUCGUAGAGCAGCUUCGGGGUAUUCGUCUACUGCAGGAGAAGCUCUCAGGGGCGACGUUGAUACCGCUACCAAGGCAAAGGAGACUCCAGAAACACCAGAAAGAAGUCCAUGA